CUCCUCCAGAAGGUCCUGACAGUCCAGGUUCUCCUCCGGCUCCCACGUGUUCUCGUCCGAGUCAUACCCUUUCCACUUCAGCAGGUAGAGCGUUUUCCCGCCCACAAUCUUCUUGGAGACGAUCUUUUCCACGGAGAACACUUCUUCUUGCUCCUCUUCCACCUCGCGGGGAGCCUUCCUCUUUCGGUUCUUCUUGGGCAUCGCGGCGACACGGAGCUAGUAGCAGCGCAGCUGGAAAAAGCCUUACGGCGUCCUCGCGAAGCGGUCCCACACCUACAGCCUUUGUUUGGCCGUCAAGUUGGUCCAGGAGAGUUUCGAACUUUCGAACUAGCUACACUUAGUCCAACUGGCGGCUAUAGCUCCCUUGCACACCACGAGUGACGAGAGAAAAGCGUGUGAAAAGUGGUGGUGUGGCUUUCUCCACAGAUCGAGCGCCAAAAGGUGCGCAUGCGCACUAACAUUAUGGGCGCGGUCAACUAACUGUGCGUGCUAAUUAUACUGUGCGCGCGUGAAGUGCGCUGCGUCAUGGCCGCUGGACAAAGUUUCUCUGCGAGUUUUUCGGAGCUGCUAGCAACCACAAGAGGUCAUUUUGCGUGGCCGAGUGACGUCAUCCUAUACUGCCUCUCUAAAGGCAGGGAGCUUCUUCCUGACAAGAUUCGACGGCUCUGCUUUCAGACGUACUUGCAGUUGUGUGAGUUGCCGUUUGAGACCAAAACAGCUCACAAUGCGGAUGCCAUGUCGCCAAAUGGUCUUGCACCGUUCCUUACUGUUAGGAUAGGUCCCCACCUUACCAUCUUCAGUGAUUUUGAAAAACUCGUCCUAUUUCUUGAUGCUCAGCACCUGGGACUGGAGUAUGGCGGUGAGCCGACUCUCAAGGCAGACAAUGAGGCAUUCAUCUCCCUCAUUACCACCAGAGUGGUCCCUGCUGAGGUUUACCAAACAUGGAUAUGUCCCAAGAACGUCAAUCAGCACACGGCACAGGUCUACUGUUCUGGAAUGCCGUGGCCACUGAGGCAUAUCGUUCCGUGGCUGCGCCGUGCUGAGCUACUCUGGAGAGACUGGAAGUGGCUUACUACAAAGAAGGAAGACAUUUUGCAGGAUUUCAGAGCUGCUUGCGAUGCACUGCACAAACGACUAGGCAACAGGGACGCGUUUUUUGAUGGCGGGCCCUCCUGUCUGGAUGUAUUGGUGCUCAGCCAUGUGCAAGCAGUGUUAACUACAACUCUUCCUAGUAAUGAACUCGGUGAAAUAAUCAGCGAUUAUCCAAAUCUGGGAAAUUUCUGUGGAACAAUUUCGGCAAGUCACAAUCUCAUCAUCAACUGACACACACACACGCACAACAAAACUUGUGUCGUUUUCCUCGUUAAUAUUGAGCAUUUAUGGAAUUUGUUCAUUGACGAGAGUUUGGUUCAUGGUUUUGGCUCGAAGUCA